AUGAAGUCAUUGAGCCAACUUGGCUGCCAACUGUCUUACAAGCAGCAUCGACUCCAGGAGUACAACUAUCAAAUAGACAAUAUCGCUGUGGACUUGAGAGAUGGUAUACGGCUGACCCGCAUGGUCGAGGUGCUCUUCUUCAUGUCAGAACGUGCGCAGCCUGAUGUUGAAGAUCAGACGGUAGUCAACUUGUCUACUGGAGAGGCCCUUUCGCUAUUGGGUAACGAAAAAGACCUCCCCCUCUCCAAGCACUUGAAAUAUCCUUGCAUCAGCCGUGCCACUAAGCUCUACAACGUACAAAUUGCGCUCUCUGCAUUGAGCUCUGUGCCAGGAUCGGGUACGAUUUUUCAAGGCCUGCGGGCCGAAGACAUCGUAGACGGUUAUCGCGAGAAGACCGUCGCACUUCUUUGGGCUCUCGUGAGCAAAUGGGGCCUGGCUGGUCUGGUUGAUUGGGACGAUGUCAGAAACGAGAUUGCUCGACUGAAACAAAAGCGUCUGUCCCAGCUAGGCCCCGGGAAUAUCCAAGAUGAGCCUCAAUACAUCGACGACAGCGUUGAUGAUGAUGAACAUGCCCGUCUACUUCAGCAGUGGGCUUCGAUAUUGGCUACUCUGAAUGGCCUUUCUAUCAGUAACUUGACAACCAGUUUUGCGGAUGGAAAGAUAUAUGAGAGCAUUGUUGAUGAGUAUGAACCUUACGCCACUGGCAACCAGGAAAGUCAGGAAAAAACCACGCAGCCUAGUCGAUCGUUGGAAGUCCGCCUGCGACUGCUCGGAUGCAGCCCUCAGUUUGCUUAUCUCGUCUCCCCUGAUAAAACAUCUUCACACAUCCUCGACCGCGAGUUCACCCUUGGUGCACUCGCCUUCCUUUGUUCUCGAUUACUCUCGGCAUCAAAGCGUGCCCGAGCAGCCACGGUGCUACAGCGCGCUUGGCGAGCCCGUCUUGCAACUCAAAACAGCUUGCGUCGCACUGUGGCCAAAAGCCUUGCCGAGCACUGUGCAGCCGUUGUUCAGACACGGGACGAAAUCCUAUGGGCGAAAGGUGUGAUAACACGUUAUUGGAGACUGCAUAAGGCUCGUCAGCAACAGAAAUGUGUGCGAACAUCCAGUCUUCGCAAUUUCAAUCCACCCCGCGUGAACACCGCUGUUCGUCGCUUUUGA